GGGAGACGAAGGGAAACAGAGUCACGUUGGCAAGGGAACAUCGUGCGUGGGUGGCACUACUUUCUCUGGUUUCCAGAAAGGAUCCCCUCUCUAGCCAUGCGAGCAGGUACCAUGGAUUCCUUCAAGGUAGUGCUGGAGGGACCUGCCCCUUGGGGCUUCCGUCUGCAAGGGGGCAAGGACUUCAACGUGCCCCUCUCCAUCUCUCGGCUCACUCCUGGAGGCAAGGCCGCACAGGCCGGUGUGGCCGUGGGAGACUGGGUACUGAGUAUCGACGGUGAGAACGCCGGAAGCCUCACACACAUUGAAGCCCAGAACAAGAUCCGUGCCUGUGGGGAGCGCCUCAGCCUGGGUCUUAGCAGAGCCCAGCCUGCUCAGAGCAAACCACAGAAGGCCCUGACCCCUCCCGCCGACCCCCCGAGGUACACUUUUGCACCAAGCGCCUCCCUCAACAAGACGGCCCGGCCCUUCGGGGCACCCCCACCUACUGACAGCGCCCUGUCGCAGAAUGGACAGCUGCUCAGACAGCUGGUCCCUGAUGCCAGCAAGCAGCGGCUGAUGGAGAAUACUGAAGACUGGCGCCCGCGGCCAGGGACAGGCCAGUCCCGUUCCUUCCGCAUCCUUGCUCACCUCACGGGCACAGAGUUCAUGCAAGACCCGGAUGAGGAAUUCAUGAAGAAGUCAAGCCAGGUGCCCAGGACAGAAGCCCCAGCCCCAGCCUCAACCAUACCCCAGGAAUCCUGGCCUGGCCCCACCACCCCCAGCCCCACCAGCCGCCCACCCUGGGCCGUAGAUCCUGCAUUUGCUGAGCGCUAUGCCCCAGACAAAACCAGCACGGUACUGACCCGACACAGCCAGCCAGCCACACCUACGCCUCUGCAGAACCGCACCUCCAUAGUUCAGGCUGCAGCUGGAGGGGGCACAGGAGGAGGCAGCAACAAUGGCAAGACGCCUGUAUGCCACCAGUGCCACAAGAUCAUCCGCGGCCGAUACCUGGUAGCACUGGGCCACGCGUACCAUCCUGAGGAAUUUGUGUGCAGCCAGUGUGGGAAGGUCCUGGAAGAGGGUGGCUUCUUCGAGGAGAAGGGAGCUAUCUUUUGCCCCUCCUGCUAUGAUGUGCGCUAUGCACCCAGCUGUGCCAAAUGCAAGAAGAAGAUCACUGGAGAGAUCAUGCAUGCGCUGAAGAUGACCUGGCAUGUUCCCUGCUUCACCUGUGCAGCCUGCAAAACCCCUAUCCGCAACAGGGCUUUCUACAUGGAGGAGGGGGCUCCCUACUGCGAGCGAGACUACGAGAAGAUGUUUGGCACAAAGUGUCGCGGCUGUGACUUCAAGAUCGAUGCCGGGGACCGUUUCCUGGAAGCCCUGGGUUUCAGCUGGCAUGAUACGUGUUUUGUUUGCGCAAUAUGUCAAAUCAACUUGGAAGGAAAGACCUUCUACUCCAAGAAGGACAAGCCCCUGUGCAAGAGCCAUGCCUUCUCCCACGUAUGAGCACCUCCUCACACUACUGCCACCCUACUCUGCCAGAAGGGUGAUAACGAGAGCGCUCUCCCUCAGCCUUUCUGGGUGGGGCUGGCAGCCAUUGCCCUAGCCCUGGCUCCUGGCCAGAUCCUCGGGCUCCCUCCUCACAUCCCCUUUCCCACACUUCCUCCACCACCACCGUCACUCACUGGUGCUAGCCGCCUAGCCCCAGUUCACUCUGGUGUCACAAUAAACCUGUAUCUAGCUGUG